AUGAGCAGAGGAUUUGUCUGCUGGAGAUAAAGAGCAGAAGCUAAUUCGUUCUCCUUUUGCUUGGACUACAUUCAUUUUUCAGUCUCUCCGUUAAAAAGGACUGUAAUUUCAACAUGGACCUCUGUUUCUGACUAUUUUGGACUCUUUCCCCCUUUUCUGUGACCUUUUUCUUCCCCUGGCUGGAGCUCUUUGAGAGAGAGGCACACUCCACACCAUGGCAGAGGAUUAAAGGUGAGUGAGAGGUGAGCUGCUGAUGGCCAGGUGGCUACAGUCUACAGUCCAUCUCUGACCUGUGAUGGAGAAAAGGUGAUCCGGUUCCUUCACGCCUGAGGAAGAACACACAAAGAAAAUGGGAAAUUCGUACGCAGGCCAGCUGAAGUCUGCUCGUUUUGAGGAGGCGCUCCAUAACUCCAUCGAGGCGUCGCUGCGCUCCAGCACUGGUGACCCACAGCCCAUUUUUACACAGCUUUAUCUGGAGCCCGACCAGUACCCCACCAACCUGGACGACAAGUCCAAAAUGGACUUGAGCCUCAAGUCAGAUGUUGCCGGUCAUGUACUGAUGAACUGCCAGCCGUCCAAUGGCCUCGAGGACAUGGAUGAUGAUGAUGAAUCGGACACCAGCAGCCCACCACUGCCGUACCUGCAGGGCCCACCGCCUGACGGCUGCUGCACAGUAGAUGGUUUCUGUCAGGCGGGAAAAGACCUCCGGCUGGUUUCUAUGGCGACGGAAUCCAUCGAGGUCCCGGCCGGGUUUGAGCUGGUGGGGGCCAAAUCCCCCAGCAUCCCUGAGCACAUCCUGGUGUGCGCUGUAGACAAGCGCUUCCUGCCGGACGAGAACGGGAAAAAUGCACUUUUGGGGUUUUCAGGGAGCUGUGUGGGCUGUGGUGAGAAAGGCUUCCGCUACUUCACCGAAUUCUCCAACCACAUCAACCUGAAGCUGACCACGCAGCCCAAGAAGCAGAAGCACUUAAAGUACUACCUGGUGAAGAACUCUCAGGGCGCGCUGUGCAAAGGAGCACUCAUCUGCUGGAAAGACUGUAAGAUGAGGCAGUUUUCUGGAGCGUCUUCAUCAAAGCCCACAUCCUCCUCAUCCUCGCUGAGCAGCAAAGAGAACGGAGGGACAAACGGCCACAGUCCGUCCUCCCUCUCCCUCUCAGACUCCCCCCCAGCGCGAGGUCAGUCCAGUUCAUCUUCAGGAAUACUUGGAACUCCUGACCUGGGACGGGAAUACAGCUUCAUAAAACCUCUGACCAACACCACACACACCACCAAGACUUUGCCCAUAGUACCCACCGCUCUGAGAGUGAACGGCCUGACGAACGCCCUGAGCGUGGAUGGACGUCCCGCUCUGCUGAGCCCCACCCACACAAACCCACUGGCCACGCCCACCCACAGCUACCAGCCAACUGAACAAGGGGACAGUCCAGCGUCCUCUGCCAUGUCGUCUGGCCCUCCUAAGAAGCGUCACCGCAGUUGGCUCCCGUCCUCCUCUGUACCCGUCCCGGUGCCGGCCAUCCGCCCUGUGCCCUGUGGAUCAGGUGCUCUGCUGUCCCUAGCCAAUCAGCCAGCCCUGUCAAUGUCAGGUGUCAUCCAGCCCCAGCCAAUCACAGCGGGAGAAACCGUCAUCAUCCCUGAUAACCUGCUCAACAGCGCCGGGGUCCGACCCGUCAUCCUCAUCGGCCAGGGAGCGUUGCCGUACUUCUUCGGUAAUGUGGGUGACGUGGUGGUGAGCCCCCUGCUGGUCAGCUGUUAUAACUGCGCUCAGCUGAGUGAGAAGACUCUGCUCAGUCUGGGUCUGAUGGUCAGUCAGCUGCCCUCCACAGAGACCCUCAUCUUACUGACCCUGCAGUACCUCGCACGCCUCGGUCCUGAGCAGAUCCCACUGCGUGAGGAGUUUGAGCAGAUUGUGUUGAAUGCUGUGCUCUGCGGACCCCCUGGACCGUCCGUGUCUCCAGCCCAGCUGCCCUGGUUGGCCCGCCUGGAGGCCAGCGUGUCGGGGGGCAGCGUACAGGUACUGGUCACUCAGGGGUCUCUGGGGGAGGGCAUUUCAGAGACACUGCGCUCGCUCAGUGAGACGGCACCCCCGCAGCAGCAGAGACUGCCCAGCUACGUCCUGAUCGUCCACACGGCCAGCAGUGGAGCCAGCGACUUCUGCGUCAUGGUGCUGGGUAAAUACCAGUCCAGAGCGCUAGCGGAAGGCAUGCUGACCACCAACGAGUUUCUGAAAGAGAUCAGCUAUGAACUCAUCACGGGAAAGGUCUCAGUGCUGGCCGCUCACUUCAACAAGACUUCGCUAGGUGAUGAUCUGGAGAAGCAGCUGGUCCAGUAUCAGCGGAGGAGGAAGCAGCAGGUUGUCCAGCCGUUUUUAUCUGACCUCAACGAAUAUGUCCAUUGUGAGGAGGCCGCUGCCAUGGUGCCGGACAUGGGGAGCGAGCUGCUGAACGAGGUGUUUCAGAUUAACCCUCCUCAGCUGAGUGUAGCGCGGAGUCUGCUGUCUCUGGUGUGUGGAAUCGCAGACUCAGGCAGUCACAGUCUGGACCUCGGCCGAUUCUGUAAGGUCGACUUCCUGGUGCUGGUGCCUCCCUCACACGUGCUGCUGCAUCAGACGGCCCGCCGCAUCCACCAAUCAGGUGUGUUGGUGGACCUGGGGAUGGAGGACGCCUCCUCAGCGCUACAGAAAGCAGAGAAGCACGUGGCUCGUCUAGACAAUGAGGUUCAUGGCAGGAUAGAGGCCUUCAUGAGGAAAGUCAAACAGAACCCGUAUACGCUGUUCGUCCUCAUCCACGACAACUCGCACAUCGACCUGACCAGUUCUAUGUCAGGCUCGGUCUCUCACGGUGAGCUGCAGGGUCUGGCAGACCGGGUGGUAAACUGUGGAGAGGUUCUGGAGGCGGAGAACGUUCUGGUGCUGCAGGUCAGCUCCUUCCCCUUCACCCUGCAGAGCCACCAGUCACGCAUCAGUGUCCACAACGAGGUCCACUGGCCCAGCAUCCACCACUCAGCUCAGGGGGAGCUGUCUCCCAAAGACCUGGUGUACUUUGGACUAAAGGACUACAGCCGCUCUCUGCAGUGGGGUGUGGCCAGCCCCAUCCUGCGCUCCGACGAUGCCUUUGAGAGGAUGGUCAGCGCCCUACUCGAGCGGCACCCUCAGCUACACAGCAUGGUGGUCCGCAGUUACCUGCUGAUUCAGCAGUAUACGGAGGCCCUGAUGGCUCUUACCGUGUGUCCGUCACUGCGUGACCACGUGACCCCUCAAACCCUGGCAAUGGUGGAGUGCGUGCUGCGGAGCGGGGGCCGCAGCGGGCGGGGCCACAUGCUUCUAGUGCGUGUGCCCUCUCUGCAGCUGGCGCGGAUGGCACGGGAGCGUCUGGAGGAGGCGCAGGAGAAGCUGGGCCUGCAGUACAGGUUCGCCGUGCUGCUCGGAGGGCCGGUGGCCGAAAUCAGCCUCGCCAAACACUUCUGUGCUCGGCUGAGGGCGUGGCGUGGCUGUAAGAAUGAAGACUGGGUUCCCCUCACCUACGAAGAUUUGGAGGAUUUACCCUGUAUCGUAAUCCUGACAGGGAAAGACCCUCUCGGAGAAACUUUCCCCAGGUCUCUGAAGUACUGUGACCUGCGUCUGAUUGACUCCAGCUACCAGACCCGCACGGCCCUGGAGCAGGAAGUGGGUGUGGCCUGCUCAUACGUCACCCGCAGGGUGAUUCCUGAUGCCAUGGCAACCGCAAACAGGGAGGAGGAGAAGAGAGAGGAAGAUGAAGAUGAGGAAGAACGAAGUGCAGAGCCAGAGGACCUGCAGAUGGAGCUGGAGAGGCCGCCGAGCAACGGCAGCACCACCACCCGGGCAUCCGGCUCCCUCACAGAAAACAAUGUCAGCUCCUCCAGUGUUCCUGACUCCUCCCACAAACCUUUCCCUGGCUCCGCCUCCUCCCAAACUGAAGCAGGCAGUAACAGCGUCUUCACAGACUCCAGCACCUCCCCUCACCACCUCAAACAGGAGUGUGACUCACAAGGCCUCCCCACCUCCUCCUCCUCCUCAGCUCUUCCCUCAUUCUCCUCUUCAUCCUCCUCUUCUUCCUCCUUUUCCUCCUCUUCUGCCUCUCCCGGAGCUCAGAGACCCACCCAGUCCACCCAGGCUGCCCGUAAGCUACGGGUUUUCCCCCGAACGGUGGUGCUGUCUCAGGCUGCGUACAGACUGCUGACCCCUGAGGCGGUGGGUCAUCCCAACUCGGGCUCCCUCCUCCCCCACGGAGAUUUAGCCUGGUCCGGACCCCUCAGACCACCUGUACCGAACCACCUGGGCCCGACCGAACAAUCGCUGUACUAUCGGCAGUGGACGACUGCACGGCCGCAACAUGCAGAUUACAAUGGACCUGCUACUGUCCAUCCCAGAAGGCUCAUGCUGAGUGGACCGCCACAGGUGGGUAAGACAGGUGCGUACCUGCAGUUUCUGCGGAUCCUGUUCCGGAUGCUCAUCCGCCUGCUUGAGGUGGACGUGUACGAUGAAGAAGAGAUAGAGGAGGAUGUAGUGGAGGAUCCUGAGGCUCCAGUGUCCAGUGGCCUGCAGUGGCCUGACUUGGAGGAUAUUCAGAAGAUGCCCUUUGACCCCUGCCCUCGUGAUGCCAAGUUCAGGCACUGCAGUGCGGUGUAUUCAGACAGGAGUGUACAGAGACUGAACGGUUUGAAAAGAGAGAAGUGUGAGGAGAGUGGAGAGAUGAAGAGGAACACAGUGUCCAUCAGGCUCAGCAAGUUUGCAGCCCACAAUGCAUUUCACCACUGUGAGCAGUGCCAUCGUUACAGUGAGCCAGGGCCUGCACGACCUCUGUCUGACUGCACCUUCCAUGCGUUCACCUUCUGCUCCUCGAUGCUGGGGGAGGAGGUGCAGCUCCACUUCAUUAUCCCGAAAAACAAAGAGCAGCAUUUCAUCUUUAGCCAGCAGGGGCGCCACCUGGAGAGCAUGAGGCUGCCUCUGAUCUCUGACCAGGAUUCAAACACAUUGAAGAGUCCUAUCUUCACUCCCACCACGGGUCGUCAGGAACACGGCCUACUGAACCUCUACCACGCCAUGGAGGGGGAAGAGCACCUACACAUUCUGGUGGUCAAGCAGCAUGAAAUGCCCCUCUACAGGAAGUACUGGCCCAAUCACAUCCUGCUGGUGCUGCCUGCUGUCUUUAAUACCUCUGGAGUGGGUGCUGCGCGGUUCAUGAUAAAGGAGCUGUCGUAUCAUAACCUGGAGCUGGAGCGUAACAGGCUGGAGGAGCAGGGCGUCCGCCGGCAGGACGUCUGGCCCUUCAUUCUCAUCAUGGACGACUCCUGCGUUCUGUGGAACACGCACACAACCGGUCACCGCGGCAACAGCUCUGAGGUGGUGAAUGUCUCUCUGAAGUCAGUGCUCCUCCAUAUGGAGUGCAGUCCUAAGCUGAGUCAGUAUUCCGUAUGUGGAGUGCGGAGUUGGAGCAGUAAAGCCCCGAGAGCUGGAGCCGCAUUCAGCCGCUGCCACCUCCACGACUUCAUCCUGCUCAACAUCGACCUCACGCAGAACGUGCAGUACGACCUCAACCGUUACAUGUGUGAGGAGGUGGACUUUAACCUGCGGGUGAACAGCAGUGGUCUCCUGCUGUGUCGCUUCAAUCACUUCAGCAUCAUGAAGAAACACAUCACCACCGGCGGACAUAAAGCCAUGCUGAUCAAACCCAAACACGCGUCUAUGGAGAGCAUGUCCCCCCGUAUACCCUCGUCUCAGUAUGUGUGUGCGCCGGACAGUGAGAACACCAUGCUGGACGCGCCGGCUCAGCUACUGCUGGAGAAGUUCCUGCAGAGCUGCAGUCAGCACCUCUUCCCUCAGGCUUUCCAGAACUCCUCCAACCCUGUACUGGCUAUUGACAGCUACCUCGACCUCGGCCCUCAGGUGUGUGUGUGUUACGUGAGCUCCAGGCCACACUCUGUUAAUAUGGACUACAAUGGGGUGGUCUUCAGUGGGCUGCUGCUGUACCUUUGUGACUCGUUUGUGGUGUCUGGACUCCUGAAGAAGUUUUGCUUCCUGAAAGGUGCAACGCUGUGUGUGGUUUCUCAGGACCGCAGCUCACUGCGCCAGAUGAUUGUGCGUUUGGAGCUGGAGGACGAGUGGCAGUUCCGCCUUCGGGACGAAUUCCAGACAGCCAACUGCAGUGAGGAUCGACCCCUCUACCUCCUCACCGGACGACAUAUUUGAUGGAUAACUCUACGGCAACCUGACCCACCCCUCGCCAUUUCAACCAAGCAGGAGAUUCUGAUUCUUCAUGUUUACUGAAUUGCUAUCCAAGCGCCGCCCACAGACAUGUUCCUUCAUGGUUACUGUUGCUGGAUGAGAUGAUCAACAGCCAACCGGAUAUUCCAUUGUUUUCAAUGGAGCACCUGCGAAAAAUUCUGCAAACGUCUGAAGCAGCGGUAGGGUACUACAGCGGUCAGCGGAACGUCCUGUCAAGUGUUCCGUUUUCCCAAAUUUUGCCCUCAACUGUGGCUGAACUGAUCUCAUUGGUGAAGCUCAGGGGCAUCCAGUAUUUCAUGACAGUAAAAUAAUACAGAGCAUCAUCAUGAUGUUUUUCCACCGUAAAUAAUCCUCUAAUCGGCCCUUUACACCAGUAAUGUUGACCCUGUAGCAAUGUUAGCAUUGCUACAUAUUAACACUGUCGUGUACCACAAUAACACGAUCAGCGCCAAAUUGUUGGCAAAAAUAUUGUCCAACCUAAAGACAAACUGUGGGACACUACAGUUAAAUUAUUCAGAUAAUAGUAUUUCCAAUUUAACAUGCUAUGCUAGCUGGAUUCUACUGGUGUGUCUAUCAUAAGUAGGCAAGAAUCCCAUGUAUAAUGGAUAGAGCAUUUGAUCAUAUGGGCCCACUGUGCGUCAGCCUGGACACCUUUGCCCUACGUUUAGCAACAUUUAGCCAACGUUUGACCAAUGAUUGUCCACCUGUGGAAACGCCCAACGUUGGCACUAGUUGUUCAGGAUGAGGUUUAAUCAAACCUUUAAUUAAAUCAAAGGUUUAAUGGACGUUUCUCUUCAUCACUCUUUCCCCAACACUCUUAACAGUCUCCCAUGAUGGACACACUACCUCGGACACACCUCGGAGCCCAAGAGACUCAAAAAGAAGCCUACAAAAAGAAGAUAACUACACCGUUAUUGCUUCAAGACACUUCAAGACAACAAAACUUUGGCAGUGUUUCAUAAUGAUUUUGAGAAGAUGAUGUGAAGAUUGUACUUAUUGAUGAUUGUCGCUGUGUUCCCCAAGAACGGACUCGUCUUUGUAAAUGAUUGUAAACUGGGGCUCCUUUUGCAGCCCCUCGUAUGUCCCCUAGUGGGCGUACACCUUUGCUCAGGGUUUUCUUUGUCAGAAGGAAAAAAAGGACUUUGUUACUACUGCAGUUCUGGUCUCCUCUCUAUUUUGUGUAUUGCUUUAUCAACUAAACCUAUCAAGGACAUUUAACCCAUGGAGCCAACAGUGCAAUGAAAGCCAUAAGAUGUGCCACAGUAACUGAAAUACAAGUGUAUCAUCCCUGUCUGACACAUUUAUCCACUGGACUCUGGGAUGUGAACCUUCUGCCCAAGUAUCAUCACAUACUGAUUUGUUUUUCAGACCAAACGCUGCUGAACCAGAACCAGAUAUUUCUUACGGUUUGAAGUUGCCAGCCAGGAAAUGUAGUAUUGAACUGGCUAAUGUGCUAAACUAGCCACCAAACGGAACCACUCUCUGGCAGAAGAGGUUACAUUGGUCUUUUAUCGUUUGUUAAUGCCAAAAAAGAAUCACUGCACAUUGUGCCUUUUCAAAAUGUGGCAUCAAAAAUCUACUAAUCCAGUCCUGAUAUGCAUAAAUCCAGAUGCCAUUUGGGGACCCUGCCUUCAUAUCUGUUCGCCAUUGUAUGCAUCUGUCCUUUAAGAUGGUUCUUCAAGGGUUCUUUUGUAAAGGUAAUGGUUCCAUUUAGAAACAUAAG